GAGCUAUUCCAGUCUAGAAAAAAGGCUGCCGGUGAACAAGAGCAAGGGGGAAAACCGUGCGAUCGUCGUCGGAUCGUUUUUCGGUUUCGAGUGACUGCUUCGUUGAGGAUUUCGCCUUUUCCCCGGCCGUUUUCGGGCUUUUUGUUUUGGGAAGCAUUUUCUAAACGCGACUAGCUGGCCGGGGAGAAGACGAGCGAUCGUGGUGUGAAGAUCGUGCUAAUCUUUCCCGCGCGUUGUGUUUUGGUUCGGAUUCGCCAGCACUUUGAUGCGUGUGUGCGGAAUCGGAAGAAGCCGAUAAAGACCAUUUGAGAAAAGACGGUCAUUUAGAUUAUACACUUUGGUGCAGUGUUGAUAAUCGAAGAAAAUUUUGAAAACAGAAAGUUAGUUUUGAAAAACCUGAAAACGUGAGUAAACUGUUCGUCGUUCAGUGCUUUGGAAGAAUCAGUUGGGUAAUGAAACAGCGGAUAUAAAAGCUACAGCAGAUAAAAAACAUACAUGGACUAAGACAAAUGCAUUUUUAUUGUUUAUUUGCUGGCGAUUGCUACAUUACAUUGCAGCGUAAUUGUAAUGUUAAAUGAGAACAGUACCAACUGGUUGUUACCCGCUAACAUGCGCUGCCCAUCGUAACCUUCCAGCUUUCGCCACCAUCUGAAUACUGGACUGGACACGGAACGCCACCACAUCGACCCAUCCCUUCUAUUUUUCAGUUGGUAGCUGGUUUGAAGCGAUAAGAAAAAAAAAAGACUCCACAACAGACCAGACACUCAUUAAAAACAAAUAAAAUGAUAAGUGCGCAAAUAGUGAGCUGAGAGCGCAGAACCACUGCAAAGCAGAAAUUUAUGCGACGACGGCGGUCAGAUAGGGGAAAAGCGAAAAUCGUGACACGUUCGCCGUGGCAAAAGGAAGAAAGCAAAAGUUGGAGAAAUGGUUCCCUGCUGGGGCAACAGCACUUGUCACGACAUCGGGAUCCAGUAGGAGAGAGAAGGAUAGCUGUGAAGCCUUCCCCUAAACCCCAAUCCUCCGAUGAAACGACGUUGAAGCAUAACGAAAAAUGACAAAUCUAAACAAACUGAAGGUGGUCGUCAUUGGCAGCUCCAAAGUGGGAAAAUCAGCCGUCACCGUGCGAUAUCUGACGAAACGAUACAUUGGAGAAUAUAGUUCUUCGAGAGAUUUCGUUUACCGACACAGCGUCAUCUACGAUAGUGUCACAACUGAAGUGGAAAUUCUGGACACCUCCAAAUGCGACAAACGGGGCUGCCUUUAUGAGCAUCUUCGCUGGGGCGAUGCGUUUGUCGUGGUGUAUUCCAUCUGUGAUAAGGCUAGCUUUGAGGAGGCCGCCGACUACCUGCAGCAGCUAACCAAGCUUAAACUUCCGUCCUACUACACGAUCCUGCUGCUGGGGAACAAGAGUGACCUCGACCAUGCAAGAGAAAUCUCCGUCAACGACGGCCAGGAGCUGUCCUUCCGCUACUCGUGCCAGUUCUACGAAGUAUCGGCCGCGGAAAACUUUGCCGGCGUCUCGCUCGCCUUCCAAUCGCUUAUCCGGGAGGCUCGCUCGACGCAGCUAUUCCGGGCACUGCCCCUCCGCCGGAAGCUCGGCGUCAACAGCGUCUCGAAGGCGCUCGGAAACAUUUUCGGCAAAAACAGCAAAGGCGAGCGGAAGAAGAGGCCCUCGCUCAGCAUAUGACGUCCAGCGUCUCUGGGCGAGCAGGAAGAUGCGAGAGGUGUUUUGUAAAUAGACAAAUUAUGAGCGAUUGUACAACAAAUAAAUAGUAAGUUCUAGAAUUUAAGAAACUACUUUCAAGUUAUAAAAGAUUUUUUUAAUGACAACCAUUCCCGAGUUGUACACUGUGUCAUUUUUACGGACAAGGAAUUGUAAAUAGCUCACAUUGUUGAGAAAAAAGUACGUUUUGUUCUAAGUUACUGUAAAUAAGUUAGGUGUAGUAUAUUACCUUUCGAAAAAAAACAAUCGAUUUUAUUUUUUUAUGAACUCGCGACGUUCCUAUUUGUAUUAGUUUGUAAGUGCGCGCACUGUACUUUUGAGUCUUUUGAAGCAAAAUUUGAACCUGAAUAAAACAGAACGAAUUGGAUUACCAACUUUUUUUGGAUAUUUAAA